CAUUUCUCAUAAUUAAAAUAAAAAAAUCGAAACAAGAAAUUAUAGUGAAGAAAUAUAGAAAAAAUAAUUUUGAAAUAAACUAUAUUAAAAAAAUAUUUUUAUGAAUAAUUUUCAAUUGUUAUUUGCAAAACAAGAAAAUACACUUGUCCAGUGAUAAAAAAUAAAACAUUUUCCUACUAAAAAUGUAUACAAAGAUGUUAUCUAUAAGCGAGGAUCAAGGAUUUCGUUCCCUAAGUCAUUCUGACUCCACAGAAGCAGAUGGUACUGCUCAGGAUAUGCUAACGUGCGGAACAUGUCAAAAAGUAUUUGCUCUUUCUGAUAUAGUCAAAUUUAUACAGCAUAAAGUUUUGCAAUGUAAUAAGGAAAACUAUGGCCAGUGUUCCACCCAAGGCCCCUCAAAUGACAGAGCUGAUACCGAAGAUGGAAGGCCGUUGGGUUUAGCAAAUCGGCGUCCAUCAUUAUCGGCAGCCACUCGCAAACAAUCAAGUGGUUCUCGAAUCCACACGCCACCACCUAGUCCAGCGGACAUGUUGGCCGAUGGUGCAUCAAGUACACCAAAGCGUUUAGUAGAUGAAAAUGACAAUACUACACCCAAAAACUCAGAAUCUACUCUUGAUGAGCUUAAAUCCUGCAAUACAGCCGUUAUUAAACAAGAACUUCAGGAUGAUAAUGAUGCAGAGUCUAACAAUGACAAUGAUGAUUGCCAACCUGUGACAAAACGUCCUAAAAUAGAGUUUGUCGAUGCUGAAUCAAAUACUUUACAUACAGAACCUAGCAAUUACACAUGUUCGACAUGCAAAACUAGACAUUCUUCGGCAUGGCGUUUAAUCCAACAUGUGCAACAUUCGCAUGGAGUUAAAAUUUAUGUUGAAUCUACAUCAUCAGUAGACCCAACUCAUUUGGUGUCUGAAGCGAUAAUGCCUGCCCAACAGAGAGAAAAUAACUCGAACAACACAAGCAGCAGUAGUCCCAAUAGCUCAGUAUGCAUAACAUCGCCUAUUAUUGUUUGUAGUCAACAACAGCAGCAACAUCAUCAACAGCAACAACAACAGCAGAUUCAACAUCAAAUGCAUCACAGAGCUGCUGCCGUUGCCGCAGCAGCUGUUGCAGCGGAACAACAUAAACAACAGCAACAAAAUAAUUUAACAACAGCUAUGCAAAAUGCACAAAAUUUAGCUGCUGCCGCAGCUGGAAUGCGGCAUCAUCCUCUGCUACCACCACCUGAUAUGCAUUCUACAAAUCCAUUUAAUUUAUUGCGAAUGCCUUUGCCACCAACUCUUGCUCAAGGAUCAGUGGUUCCUACCGUUUCUCCUCUUUUCUCGCGCCCUCAUGCAGAUCAUUAUCGCAUGGAGCAGCUUGUAUCAGAGCAAUUUCGUCAUCAUGGACUCAAUCUUGCAGCCGCAGCAGUAGCAGCUGCCAACUCACUUGCUGCGCCCCAUACGCCAACAUCCCAAUUUAACCAAAGUUCUAAUGUCUCUUCUGUUGGAUCUGUGGAGCCAAGACCACCAUCUAGUAGCAGCUGUCAUCGUGGCACAACAACACCCUCUUCAUUACCGCUAAUUACUGGUCAACAACAGUCUUCAAAUGCUUCAACACAGCAACCUAAUUCUCUAUCAAUCGAACCUCAGAUGGAUUUUUACUCGCAGCGAUUGCGUCAGCUUGCAGGAACAACAAGUCCUGGAGCUGGAAACAUUGUUAACUCGAGCUCGCCGAGUCCACGACAAAAGCAAUCGCCGAACUUCGCGAGCCCUUCCCCAUCGCAUCAACUGCCACCUACUCCAGUCACAAAUAACACUCGUCCGCAUUCCCUGACACCACCUGAAAAGAGCAAUAUAGUGUCGGGCGAAAACGGAACGGUAUUAAAUACUACACCCCGCUCAGCAUCGACGCCACCCUCAAAACCAAGUCAGGAAUCUUCGGUUAGUGCAUCAGUAUAUACGUGCGCUUAUUGCGAUAAAAAGUUUCGUUUUGAAAAUAAUCUCAUCAUUCAUCAGCGAACUCAUACUGGUGAAAAGCCAUACAAAUGCACUGCCUGUGAUUUCGAGUGCUCGCAUAUUCAAAAACUUAUGAAGCACAUGCGUGUGCACCGCAGUCCUAUGGAAGAUGGUCAUAGCAACACAGGAUCGGUAGAAACAAAUGAAUGUGACACCGAGCCAGAACAUGAUGCAGAAGAAAAUCCUGAUGAUGAAAUUAAUGAAGAUGAUGACGAGGAAAUGGAUGAACAAGACGAAAUAGAUUAUGAAGCAGAAGAUCUUAGUGUUAACAAUAACCGUUUAGAUGGUAAAAAUGAUAAUCCAAAAUGCACCGCUUCUGUUGCACCCACAUCCUUAGUUGGUGAGCUAAUGGACAAAUUUGGUUUAUCGAACAUCGCUCAGUAUUCGGAAGCUUACAAACAGGCUCUCCAAGAAUCAAGUAAUUUUAAACAACUUACCAAAGAUCUAGAUAACAACAACUCCGCUAGCUCUCCCAUUAAUCAAAUGUCUGACAAACUUAAUGGGUUCCCCGCCGCGUUACGCCUCAGGGAGGAAUUUGCAAAGAAUAUAUUCCAGAAACCACAACAGCAACAAGACUCAAACCAUCCGCCAUCGCAAGUUCCACUUUUCAACCCUUUCCCCAACCCUUUCGAAAUUUCAAAACGCAUGAAAAUGGAUGGAAAUGAAUGGUGGAAUAUGCAAACCCUACAUCGCAACGAUUCACUUUUUGAAAAUCUCAAGCUUAAACCGCUAGGUCUGGGUCCGGCCAAUUCAUUGCUGACACAAAACCCUUUAAUGAAAAAAGAGAGCCGUCAACGGAAUGAUACUUGUGAGUUUUGUGGUAAAGUUUUCAAAAACUGUUCGAAUCUUACCGUCCACCGCCGUAGUCACACUGGUGAAAAGCCGUACAAAUGUGAACUUUGCUCAUAUGCAUGUGCCCAGAGCUCCAAACUUACACGCCACAUGAAAACUCAUGGCCGAUCUGGUAAGGAUGUGUAUCGCUGUCGUUUCUGUGAUAUGCCUUUCAGCGUUCCCUCCACGUUAGAGAAACACAUGCGCAAAUGUGUUGUAAAUCAGGGUAAGGCAGCAGCAGCCGCUGCUAAUGCUGCAAAUGCCGUUGUUGCCGCACAGGCUGCAGCAGCCGCUCAACUCCAAACACAAAUGCCUGCUGCACAGCAACUUUCCUCCCCACCAACUAACGCCUCAUUUCCUCCACAAUUUACCAACAUGGCUGGUAGCACAAUUUCUUUACCCAGCAGUAUUGGCGACAACGACUUCAAUGCAUCUACAAGUGUAUCUUCCCAACACGCUAUAUCAUUAAAACACGAGGCAUGACUUUAUCAUAAUUGGAACAACAGUUCUGGUAACUUAAAUUCUCCGGCAGUUGUUCUGCAGUCACAGCAACAGCAGCACCUGUUGACACCUCCACAGCAUCACCACCUUCAACAUUCUCUUCCAACAGUGAAUCGCAUUUUGUCACGUAUCUUUUAAAGAUAUUUGCCCACACUAUAGUGAAUUCUUGUAAAUAUAAUGUUGUUUUCUAAGAAUAUUCGGAAUAUCCGAAACACCUAAGCUCACUUUCUAAAAGAAAGAGCUGGUUUUUAUAUAAACCUAAAAUGUAUGAAAAAGUGAUGUCCCAUUUUACCCGCGGUUACUUCUUUGUAUCUCGUUCUCUUUACCAAAGCAAUAAAACAAUGAAAAUGAACAACUGUAGUCAACCAGCGAUGUAAAACACCUCUGCUGAAAACCCGUUAUUUGAACGAGUAAUUUUCAUCACAUUUCCCAGUAAUAUUCUUAUAUUUUAUUAAGUUCUUGUUUUUUAUAAUUUAAUAGUUAUUACACAAUUAAAACUUAUUAGCUAAUCUAUAAUCGCAGUGAAAUUAAGUAGAUGUUUUUCUUUAAAUUUAGAAAAAUCUUUAAUGAAGAGGAAACAAACAAAUUAUGUGAGUAGUGUUCAUUCGUAUUUGAAAUAUUUCCAUUAUACAUACAUACAUUUUUUUACCUCGAAAUGUUGUGAUCGAUGAGAAAAUCAAAAAAAUUGUAAAUAAACAUUGAUGAUCCCUCCUUAUUCAAAUGGUAAAAAGUUUUUAUGAAACGGUUUGUAUGAAACAUGUCAAUGAAAAGCCAAUAUUUAUAUGUAUAUUUUUUCCUUUUUGCAAGUGUCUAUUAAUCCAUACGCCCACUUGACAAACAGUUGUCCAUUUUUUCAAGAGACUGAAUUUUUAUUGGUUUGGUUUUAGUUGUCGUUAUGAUUUUUAAGAAUUUAUUAUUAUGUGAUUAUCGUUAUUUUUCGCUCGUUAUAUGUAUCGCAUUGUUUAUUUUUGUUGAGAUAAUCAGUUUUGUAGAGAAGAAAGUUAUGAUAGAUUGGCUAGCAAGAGAAACACAUACCUGUUGAAAGAUAAAUAUCCGAUACAGGGUUGCUUUCCAAAUUUAAGUAUCCAAAAAAUAAAAUAAUUGUUAUUGGGGUGUUUUUUUUAUUUUGUGAAAAAUUCAACAUUUUUUUAAGAAAAACUGAUUUCAACAUUUAAUCAUUCGUAAUCAUCUAAGCCUUUUGUAAAUUAUUCUUUGCCUUUUUAGUUUUAAUUAAAUUUAAAUCGAAAUGUACAAAACAAUACCACUGUAUCAUACAUUCUUAAUUGAAUAUAUUAUUUCCUUAUUAUUUCUACAUCUACUAGAAAAUUUAUUGUAUUAAAAAUUUAAGAUUAAUAUGAAUUAAAAUAAAUUACAAAACAAACAUUUCAAAAACAUACAGCGUUUUUCAUUAAUUUAGUUAGUUAUUUAUUUAGUUUCAUUUAACGUUUCACAUUGAAAAACUUAAAAUCGAUAUUUUCGAACAUUUAGCCAAGUAAUUUUACUAUAUAACUCUGUAAAAAACUGUCGUCAAAUAAAUUCGUUGUAAAAUAAUAGUUUUAUUACAGACAUUGAAAAAAACGUUUUUAUGGAAACAAGCAAAAAUAAAAAAAUAUAUUUAACGUGUAUUUUUAAAA